AUGUCGAACGCAAGGCAUUGGGAACAAGAUAAAGAGGCAACCGUUUACAUUGGAAACCUUGAUGAACGGGUCUCAGACAGCCUAGUAUGGGAAUUGAUGCUGCAGGUUGGGCGCAUUGUCAAUGUCCAUCUACCCAAAGACCGGGUCACGCAGUUACAUCAGGGGUACGGGUUUGUCGAGUUCAUCAGCGAGGAGGAUGCCGAAUAUGCAUCAAAGAUCAUGAAUGGAGUCCGUCUCCACGGCAAGCCUAUUCGUGUUAACAAGGCAUCAGCCGAUAAACAAAAGACUGUGGAAAUUGGCGCAGAGCUGUUUGUGGGUAAUCUUGACCCUAUGGUUGCCGAGCAGGUUCUAUUUGAUACAUUCAGUCGCUUUGGCAAUCUUGUCAAUCCCCCUAAAAUUGCUCGUGAUGACAAUAAUCUGUCCAAGGGAUACGGAUUUGUGUCUUUUGCCGAUUUCGAAUCCUCGGACGCGGCCAUCUCCAACAUGAAUGGCCAGUACCUGAUGAACAAACAGGUUUCGGUGCAGUAUGCGUACAAGAAGGAUGGGAAAGGCGAGAGACAUGGUGAUGAAGCGGAGCGAAUGUUGGCAGCCCAGGCUCGCAAACAUAAUGUACAGCCACCCACUCAGCAACCUCCGCAGUUCCCUGGCGCUGCCCCUGGUGUAUCAGCAACGCCUGUUAUGUCGAACGGCGACAGCUCUCGACCCUUGGGCACAGCCCCGCCUCACACGCCCGAUCUAGGCAUGAAUCGGGCCCGACCCCCGCCUUCUCAAGCUGGCUACGGCGGCCCACAAUCAUUUUUACCACCUGGAUUCAAUGGUGCAGGCCAGCCGCCCUUCGUCCCACAGGCUGCAACUCCCCCUGGGUUUGCGCCGCCUGGAUUUGGACCACCAGCUGGGGCGCCUUCAUUGCCACCGGGAUUCCAACAGCCUGGAUACGGAGGCGCUCGGUGA